ACCUCGGAGUGUAAAUUAUAGAGGCGUGUUGAUUGUUUGCAGUGACUACUUACUCUAACUCCAUCCUAGAGAAGUUGAGCGUUUUUGAACACUGUUGCGUUUGCUCUGAGGUGUUCAGUGAGAGCGGACCGACGGGUGAAGUGCAUCCCGUCCUCUUUGCGUUUACAGGUGUCUCUAAUAAUACCAGCCAAGCGGCUCUUUGCCGUCGGUGUUACCAUGAUCCUCUUAGUGUCCCAUGCGUUGGCAGCGGCGUGGAGCAGGUUUACAGAUGACAGUUCAAGCUUCACAGAUACAAAUGAGAGAAAGCAGGCCACAAACAGACCUGUAGCUCGCACACAGUAACAGGUUCCUCCGCAGCCGAGGGCCCACCUGUGGUUGUUUUGGAGAGAGUGGCGUGGUGACCGGCGUGACACAGAGGGCAGCAGGAUGUCACGCGGGUCAGAUAUGACUCUGCUUGAAUGCACCGGAGCCAGAAUCUCUGGCUGCUGGUCACUGAGAACCGACCGCAGUGGGAGCGGGGAGGACUCGUUGGACCGGCUCCUGCCUCACGCCAGGGCCCCGCGCCGGAAGAGCACCACCUCGCUGCGUAAAACAGAGCCCCCUCUGCUCCGCACGGGCACACGCACCAUCUACACCGCCGGCCGGCCUCCCUGGUAUGACGAGCACGGGGCUCAGUCAAAGGAGGCCUUUGUCAUUGGGCUGUGUGGGGGCAGUGCCUCGGGGAAGACCACCGUGGCCAAUAAGAUCAUCGAGGCCCUGGAUGUGCCGUGGGUUGUGCUGCUGUCUAUGGAUUCUUUUUACAAGGUUUUAUCCCCAGAGGAGCAGCUCCUGGCGGCACAGAACGACUACAACUUUGACCAUCCCGCGGCGUUUGACUUCGAGCUGCUGGUGGCCACCCUGCGAAAGCUGAAGCAGGGAAAGAGUGUGAAGAUCCCAGUGUAUGAUUUCACCACUCACAGGAGACAGAAAGACUGGAAAAACGUGUACGGGGCUAGUGUUAUCAUAUUUGAAGGAAUUAUGUCUUUUGCGGACAAAGAGCUUCUUCAGCUCCUGGAUAUGAAAAUCUUCGUGGACACAGACUCAGACAUCCAACUCGUCCGCCGGCUCCGCAGGGACAUCACAGAGCGCGGCCGGGACAUUGAAGGCAUCAUCAAGCAGUACAACAAGUUUGUGAAGCCUGCCUUUGAGCAGUACAUCGAGCCGACCAUGAGGCUGGCGGACAUCGUCGUGCCUCGGGGUGGUGGGAACAUGGUGGCCAUUGAUCUGAUAGUCCAGCACGUCCACAGCCAGCUGGAGGAGCGUGAGCUCAGUGUCAGAGCACUCCUGGCCUCUGUCCAACAGACUCAGCCGCUGCCUCAGACUCUCAGCGUGCUGGAGAACACGCCGCAGGUCCGAGGCCUGCACACCAUCAUCAGGAACAAAGAGACCAGCCGAGAUGAGUUCAUCUUCUACUCAAAGAGAUUAAUGCGUCUUCUCAUCGAAUAUGCGCUGACCUUCCUACCCUCUCAGCCCUGUGUGGUUCGGACUCCACAGGGCCCAGAGUACGAGGGCCGCAGCUACAACGGGAAAGGAAUCACCGGCGUGUCCAUCCUGAGGGCAGGAGAGACGAUGGAGCCCGCCCUGAGGGCCGUGUGCAAGGACGUCCGCAUCGGGAAGAUCCUCAUCCAGACCAACCUGGACUCAGGCGAGCCAGAGCUGCACUACCUGCGCUUGCCCAAAGACAUCAGCAAGGAUCAUGUCAUCCUCAUGGACAGCACCGUCUCCACCGGCGCCGCGGCCAUGAUGGCGGUGCGAGUCCUCUUGGAUCACGAGGUACCAGAGGACAAGAUCAUGUUGGUGUCGCUGCUGAUGGCAGAACUCGGGGUGCACUCGGUGGCCUACGCCUUCCCGAAGGUUAAGAUCAUCACCACCGCUGUGGACAAGGACCUGGAUGAAUUCUUCCAAGUUGUUCCUGGUAUCGGGGACUUUGGGGACCGGUACUUUGGGACGGACGGGUCCAUCAACUGGAGCGACGACGAGGACCAGGAGCAGCUGUCAUUGUGACUCAAACUGCUGGGAAACACAAACUACCUGAAAACUCUGGUUGAGGCAUAGACUGCAAAUACAGUAUAUUCUUAUAUUCAUUUUAUACACUAUAGAUCCUAUUUUCUGUUAUAAAACUGCUAAAAAUAAACUCAGUAUUUAUAUAAAGAGUGAUAAAGGCAAAAGAUGCCAACAGUUUUAAAGGUUCAACAUUGCAAUACCUUCAUUUAUUUAUCAAGGUAAUCUAGGACGUGGGCGGACAAUCUGUUUUUAAAUCCAGCACUACUUAAAUUUACAGUUUUAUGAGAUCUUUUUUAGGUUUAAUAUAAGCAGUCAGAUAAUCUCAGCCAAUGAAAACAGGGACUCACUGUAAUGUUCAUCUUCUUAUUAGUUUAGCAUGUCAGGCUGAUGAAGAUCUUCUGUCCCAGGAAAUGCUGCACCUGCCAGUAAUAGGCUAUAUUUAAGAAUUACAACAAGUUUUUACACAAAUUGCUAAAUAUCUUCACCAGCUUUAAAGUAAGUUUUUUAAAAAAGUGACCCGUUAACCCAAACGACCCUCUGUCUGCUGUAAUGUUUGACAUCCUUCUCUCUUGCCAGUGCUCCAGCUUUACUUAGAAUUCAAUUGUUGCUGUUUUGUCCAAUAGUUUCGCCCUGAACCUUUCUCAGGAUCAGUCGGUUUUCAGCUUAGAUUCAGGGAAAGUUGAGCAAAUGAAGUCAGUCCGCUGACACGAGUCGCUCCUCCUCAGUACUGUUCUACACUGGUGCAGCUUCUUUGCACAGCAGUUCAACUUUUAGAAGAAGAUAAGUCUCAGAAAGAAGCAAUAAAACCACAAAGAGUCGACCAUGCUGUUGUAAGCUUGAGCUCUGUAAAUGUACCACUGCAGCAGAAAAUACUCCAGAAUGUCCUGGUGGUUCCUUUCACAGCGGUUACACUCUAAUGCAUAAGUAGUCUUAGCAAACCGUGCGGCAUCAUUAAAGCCAGAUCGCUCCUCGGCGGUGGGCACCGUGUAAUCACUCGAAGAAAAUAUGUCUGUACACCACAGGUGGCUGAUGAUGAGGAAGUUCUUAUAAUUCUGCGUUUAUUUAGCUUUCAAGAAUUCUCAAUAUAAAUUAACUUUUGCAGUUCGAAAGCUUACAUAUUUGGACUGGUAAGAGUUUAAUUAUAAUAAUUAACUAUAACAACACUAGAUUAUUCUACACUGAGGUGAAGUUUAUGAAACACAUUUCAGUCUGUUUGUAAAAAAC